AUGCGUUUUGGUUCAUUCAUUGUCGCUAGCAGCCUGGCUGCCAUCUCAUCGGCACGCUUCACUUUCACUUAUUAUAAUAGCAAUGACUGCACAGGGGAAUCCCCCAGCGAUAACUCCCCCGCAGGCGCCCAGACUUGUGCAGCUUUCGAGCUCUCUUACAACGGAUCAGUCUAUAUUGAGAGUGACAGCUCCGACCUUUCUCUGGCUUACUACGAUGAUAAAGGCUGCGGCGACCUGGCAAUAGAAGGGACAGUGACUGGCUCAUAUUGCUUGUCCCUGUCUGGCGGCUACAAGUACUACUACAUGAUUACGAAUGCUUGA